GCAUCUUGAGCUUGCGUCACCUGGUUUUUCAACACCCGGAAAACGGCAGUGAGCGUGAAAAAGGGCUGUAAAAGUGUUCAGGUGUUCCCCAACAUGAUGCGAGCUCUGAAAGGCGUCAGACACCUGCACACCGGUACAAUGAAACAAGCAGUUUCAGAGCUCUCCAUACCGGUCCCAUGGGGAGAGAUCAGAGGUAAAGUCUGGGGUCCUGAUCACGGUCAUCCUGUGCUGUGCCUGCACGGCUGGGCUGACAACUGUGGUACAUUCAACACCUUCAUUCCCCUUCUACCCAAAGAGUGCAGAUAUGUGGCGAUGGACCUGGCAGGUCACGGUCAGUCAUCACAUCGCCGUCCUGGAGUUUUCUACUCCUUUCCUUCGUAUGUGAUGGAUGUACGCAGAGUCAUUGACGGUGUGUGGGUUCAUGAAGUCGCAGGAGUUAAUCCACUAAUUCAACUCAAACAUCAGUGUUUGUUCAUGCGACAGGUUCGGUCCCUGCGUGUCCUGGCUAUGCAGUGGAAUAAAUUCUCCAUCAUAGGCCACAGCAUGGGUGGUAACAUUGCUGGACUGUUCAGUGCACUGUAUCCUGAGAUGGUGGACGCUGUCGUACUGUUGGACUCUUAUGGAUUCUUACCUACAGACCCGAAUGAAAUGCCUAAAGUGAUGAGGCAGGGGAUGGACGAGAUGCUUCAGUUUGAGAAGAAGACAGAAGAGAAAACAAGAGUUUACACUUAUGCAAAGGCAGUUGAGAGGCUGUUGGCUGCAAACCCGAGUCUGUCUGUGCAGUCUGUACGCAUGCUUUUAGAGCGCGGUCUAGUUCAAGUUGAAGGAGGCGUGGUGUUCUCUCGAGACUUUCGAAUUAAUCUGAAAAACAUUGUGCGCAUCAGUUUGGAGCAGAGUCUGGAGAUGCAGUCAAGGAUACAAGCGUCUGUUCUAGUUAUUCUAGCAGAAAGCGGCUUUGAAAAAAUAUUUGCUGAACCAGAUCAGAAGAAAUUUACAUCAGCGCUUCUCCAGGGCUAUCGGGACAGAAAUCACACGGUGGUGACUGUACCAGGAAAUCAUCACGUCCAUCUGAACAAUCCUGAAGUCGUCGCUCCACUUGUGUCUGACUUCCUGCAGACCAAAGUGUUGUCGCAAUUAGCCAGACUAACAAAUGAACAGACCUCUAAGUUAUAGCAAACACACAAACGUGCCUUAAGUCCAGCCGGUCCUCACCAGAAAAACGACCGCAUAUGUUGUUUUUUCAAGCAGCUUAUUACGACCAAUAUGACGUACCAUAAAGAGCGAGAAAGUCCAAGUAACGAGGUGGAUGGAGUAGAUAAAUAGGUCAAACCCAGAACUUUUGGGUAUUUGGGUCACAUGUGAAACUAAGUCAAUGUUGAGUUAUUUAUAGUUUUAAGUUAAAUAGCGUUACUGUCUCGCAUGACACAAGUCAGGUAACAUACUUACUUACCUUAACCUAUCCAAGUAGUUUUGUUGCCUUAACCAAACUGCAAAUGUUUCCCAGUGUAACAAAGUGUUUAAUGUCAUGUAACUUACAUAACCUGGUUAAAGUCCAGUGCACCUCUGGCUGGAGUGGUACUUUCCAGCGGUUAUAUGUGUCGUUUAGGUAAACAGUCAUAUAUGUCUUUGUUGGAGGCAUUGACAAACAACCUAUGUUGUCGUUGUACAUGUUGCUGAAAUUAAACAUUUGGAGUGGAACUAAGUUGACUGAACAUGACUAAUGUAGGGGAAUAAAUAACCAAGAGUUUGCGGAUGCUAUUGUUCCAACUGGAAUCAUUUUUUUUUUUUAUUUCAAUCGAAUUCAACUCAUUACCUCCUGUUUGCCCUACUAUUAUUAAUUAUUUAACAUAUUUUAAAAGAUAUUAAAGUGGCAUGUUUUUGUGGAUCAUAGAGUGACCUCGAUAAUAAACAUUUCAUGGAAUUUACACAUUUCCAACAAUGUCUACAAAAAGUGAUUAUGAGCUCUGUAAAGAUAGAUGGCGUGGCUGAGAUGUUCAGUUGGACUGGAUUAGAUUAUACAGGUGUAUCUAAAAAAAUAAAAAAUAAAAAUAAGUGUCCACUGAG